GAACGAACCAGCUAAGGUCACACUGCUGCUAAAGAGAAAAGAUUUGUACGGAAUAUAAAUAACUUUUCGGUGAUAAACAAGACGAUUUGGGGAGUUGAAUUUCAUAUAAGGACCUGGCAAUAUGGAUCGCAAUAACGGACGCUACCCCUACAACAUAAGACGGCAGAAUAGCGGGCACAAUCCGCCGCACAGCUACCACCAUCACCACAAUAACAACUCGGCGGCGGGGGCGUCCAAUUCACCGGGAUACACCAACCACAGCGCCGGAAACUCGUCGUUCGUCGGCACUCACAACAACAGCAAUGCGCUUUAUGCGACCGCCGCCGGGCAACAACAACAACAACAACAGAGCCUCCCUAUCUCGCAGCACGACGAACUGAUCCGAUACAUUCGGGAGGCAUGGAACAAGGUUAAUGAACAGGGACCACCUGUGAUCUACUGCAACGAAUCUGAUAAUCAGCUGAAAAACUUCAAGCCAUUCGAUUUGGAGGAGUACUGGGGCCAGCGCCUGGUGCAGAACAUGCACGUGACUGCCACACAGGCUGGCGGACACCAGUAAAAACGGGAAUCUUACAGCGGACAACGGCAUGUGCUUCAUGUGGUAACAAUUAAUUAAAUUAUACAUUUAAAAGGGUGCCAGUUCCCCCGAUUAUUGACUAAUUUCCAUGCGAUUGGAAUUUACAUUUAUGUUUGUUUGCGACCUGCUUUGGACCAUUAUGUGUAAAAAUUUUAUUAAAAUCCACUGCCAGCUGAAAGGCAAAUGAUGUAUUCAAUAAAACGACGAUUGGCUAACAAUUUUCCACCAUGGGCACCCUAAUUCUAGCAUGCUAUCUGCAUUUAAGUGUUGUGCAUUACGCGCGCUUAAAAUUUGACCAGAACAACAAUAAACAAUCUAGAGCGUAGAAAAAUUUAAAACAA